AUGAGGUUCACUAAUCUUGCCCUCACCGGUGCCGCCAUCGGUCUUGCUAACGCAAGUCCGGUCUCGAAGCGUGCUGUCAGCGAUGCCGACGUCCUCAACUAUGCUCUUACGCUUGAGCAUCUUGAGGCCUCUUUCUACGAGGAGGGUCUCAAGAACUACACUCAGGAGGACUUCGUCAAUGCUGGCAUGAAGGACCCUUUCUAUGCCAACCUGAAGGAGGUGGCUUCCGAUGAGAAGGACCACGUGAAUUUCUUGACCUCCGCGCUCAAGGCUGCCGGUGCCUCUCCCGUUGCCCGCUGCACCUACAACUUCCCAUCCACCGACGUCAGCGGCUUCCUGGCCCUUGCCAGUGUUCUUGAAGGUGUUGGAGUCAGCGCUUACCUCGGAGCCGCGGCCUCCAUUAUGAGCGACACCUACUUGACAGCUGCCGGCAGCAUCCUCACCACAGAAGCCCGACACAGCGCGUACCUGCGCGCCUCGCUCGGUGAAGUACCCUUCGCCCAGGCCUUCGACAACCCCCUCAGCUUCAACGAGGUGUACACCGUCGCCUCCCCCUUCAUCGCCUCAUGCCCCUCCAGCAACGGCGCGCUGCCCGUAAAGGCUUUCCCCGCGCUCACGAUGAGCUCGAUGGACGCCGUCAUGACAGGCUCACAGGUGGAGCUGAUGGCCGGCAGCGGCUUCAACACCAGCACUACCGACGUCAACGCCGCCUUCAUUACCGUCACCGGUCCGGUCUGGGCUCCUCUCAAGCCCAUGGGUGAUGGAAAGUUCACCGUCACUGUUCCCAAGGGCGUCGCUGGACAGAGCUACGUCGUCCUCACUAAGGGCAAUAAGCAGGCGACUGAUGACAAUAUUGUUGCUGGUCCUGCUAUCGUUGAGAUUGGAAAGAAGACUGCUAUGGGUACCCCGAGCGGUAUGGCUGCUAUGGGUAUGGGUGGCAAGAAGAACAUGACUAUGCCUACUCCUUCUAAGUCUAUGGCUGGAUCCUGGAGCAGCUCCUCUGCUACUGCGUCUGCUUCUGCUUCUCCUAUGUUUACUGGCGCUGCUCAGAAAAUGUCCGGUAGCGCUGCUGGUGUUGUUGCUGCUGGUCUUUUUGCUGCUGUGGCUCUGAUCUGA